CUUUGGACAAAUUCACAUGACGUAAAUACGGAAGUGUUUUGCAUGUGUGCCAUUCAUCAGAAUACCGACCAGCCUAUCUGACAAUAAUUAUUGUUGGUGUUUUGUAGUUCACAUUUAGCUGGACGCAUCACGAUUUGAAAACUGAACGGAGUGUAAAGUAGCGAGGGUACUCUUUAACCAGCAGUAAUGACAGAGAAAGGUGGAGGUGCUCCUGUGGCUCGGACGGUGCUGCAGCAGUGUCUACAAGCAAGACUUCAGGUAAAACCAGCAGAUGAGCUCUCAGAGGCUGAAUUUGUACAGGUAAGCUGUGAACAUGUUUAUCUACAAUGCUUCUGAAUAAUCUCCAUAUGAUAGUUUUUUUUUUUUUUUGCAUGAUUUUUAAUUCUGUUGGUGUACCCAAGAAUUAUUAAAUAAAGUACUAGAAUCAUUCUAUAAUUAGGGGUACAUGUCAUGUCCAUCAACUGUUUUUUUCAAUUUGACCAAAUAUUAACUUCAACCAAUCGAAGUGAAACCGAAUCUUAUUCUCCGCAUUUUAUUUCUGAAAAUAUCGGCGAAAAUCGGCGAGUUUUGGCCGAUUACCGAUUAGUCUCAAACGGGCUAAAAUUAGCCAAUUUAAUCGGCUCACGAUAAAUAAUUUAACAUUUAUGUUUUUCUUAUCCAGAUUGACAGAGGAAUGGUGAUCUACAUCUGUUUUUUCAAAGGAGCCACAGAUGACAUCCUUCCAAAGAUGGGUCAGUAACCUUUGACCAACAUAUUUUAACCUCUUUUACUGACAGUAAAUCCUUCAUCACUGGAUCUUUUUUUAAAUCUUUAUUUUAUCAGGCAGUCUUAUUGAGAUUGCCAUCUCUUUUACAAGAUGAAUAACAUGAGAUGGAUAUUUCUUCUCGACUGUAAAGAGGUCCAGCCAACCUUUUGAUAGAGGGAACAGUGAUGAGUGCGAAACGUGUUGUUAGUGAUGACACGUAGUGCACUCUGAUACACAGGAUUUAACUACUGAAGAGUUAAUGGGGCUGCUCUUCUUCUCUGUUCUUCUUCUUCUUCUUCUUCUUCAGUCUCCACACUGUUGAACCUGCGUCUGUGUGAGACCGACUCAGGGAAGCUGGCGUCCGUGUUGGAGCUUCCUGGCAGCGUGCUGAUUGUCCCUCAGGCCACACUGGGUGGGAAGGCAAAAGGCAGGGGCAUGCAAUACCACAACAACAUCAACAAAGAGGAUGGACUGCGGCUCUAUGACGCCUUUGUUUCUCUCUGUGAGAAGGAACUGAUGGCUGCUUCUGGAGGGAACAAAGCUGAAGUGACAGUGAAACACGGGACCUAUGGAAACAGACAAGUGCUGAAAAUAGACACAAACGGACCAUACACACAUCUGAUGGAGUUCUGAGCUGCAAAUUUUGGAUUUGUCUCUUACAAAUUGUUUAAAUGUACACCAGGAAGACUUUGAAAAUAAUCAAUGUCAGUUUCUUUUAUGUAUCUUCAUCUUAUGCUUGUAUUUUUUUAUAAAAAAGAAUAUGGUUAUUUUUUUUGUUUGUUUGUGAUCUCACAGAUACAUGUUAGAAAACAACAAACAUUUAGAUAUUAACUGGGGGUAAGAGUCUUACAAUGAUGAAAAAACUAUUUGAACUCAGCAGACUACUGCUGACAAAAGAGGUCUACACUUUUGAAUUUAAUUCAAAGUUUUUCAUAUUCUGUUUCUAGCUAUAAAAAUAAGAGUGGCAAAGAGGUAAAGCAACUCAACCACACACCAUAAAUACAGAUUUUUACAUUUAUAUCCAUAUUCUUAGAUUUAUUUGCAUUUAUGAAUGUAACAUUUCCCAUAUAAAACCAAAACAAUUAAAAGUAAUAGUCCAUUCUGUUCUUGUAAAAAAAAUAUUAUGUGAGUUAUUGUAAAAUUCAUGAUUGGGGCAAACAAUGCUCUGAAAAGGUUCCUUACAUCUAAUCAAAACGUGAACAUGAAGGGAAAAAAAAUUGACUAAUACUUGAAAGACUGUAUUAGUACAAAAUAUACAACUUUUUCCCCACACAUUUUUUAUUUUUACAUUUAAGCGACCUGGUAAAUUAGACGGUUAAACAUAUGAUUCCAAAGGUAAUGUCUUUACUUUGGUUGGUGAAACAAAGAUUCAGAUUAAAAUUUCAAGCGAUUUUCUUAGCAAUAUUUUAAACUUUGAAUUCAUAAAUGCUCUAGCCUGGGCUAGAGAGUUGUGGUUUCAGAGUUUUCUUAGGUAUUUAUGUUUGUGUGAAACACACAAUACCCGCUAUUACAGUGUUUUUCAACCUUUUUUGAGCCAUGGUACUUUUUUUUCAACGAGGCACAACACCAACCAAAAUGUUACCAAAUGACACUUGGUAGCCCCAAGUUUAUUUACGUUUAUCACAAUUUCCCAACUUCAAUGGAAUUGGGUUUUGUAGGUUUUAAAAAAGAUAGACCAAUAAUGUGAAAUAGGAUAAUUUCUUAGGGUACACCUGACUAUCUGUCAUGGCACACUAGUGGUUGAAAAACACUUCACUAUAGGGUCAGGUGUAAACUGUGGGUUUCUUUUACCACCCCAAACCAUCAUGGUUUGGCAUCAAAAAAACAAUUACAAACUCCCUAGAGUAACUGGAUUUACAUGUGUAAAUAAAUAAAAUCCGUACGGGAAAUUAUAAA